AUGUUGUCCAUAUUUUCUGUCUUUAGAUCGUCGGCUUCCAAAAGUUCUCAUUCCCAUGGAGGGCAACAGCGACCCCCGCGGUAUGCUGGCGAGGAUACAACAGCUACGAGCCGCCGGGAGAUCCUUGGGUGGUACUCGUACGGGAUAGCGGCCGAGGUGUUCGCCGUGUGUGGCGUUGGAUCAUUUCUACCCCUCACCCUGGAACAGUUAGCCCGCGAACGCGGUGUGCUACAGACGAGUCGCGAGUCUUGUGUGGGGGCUUCCUCUGGGAAUACCACGCAGGAUGCCGCCGGCCAGUGUGUGGUGCCUCUGUUAGGCCUAGAGAUCAAUACAGCGAGCUUUGCUAUGUAUACUUUCUCCUUGGCGGUACUUAUCCAGGCCUUGACGUUGAUAUCGUUCAGUGCUCUGGCGGAUUAUGAAAACAACCGCAAGACCUUGUUGAUGACGUUUGGAUUUGUCGGAUCGAUCGCCAGCAUGCUGUUCGUGUUCAUCGCGCCACCUGUAUACAUCCUCGGGGCGGUUUUGGUCGUCGUCGGCGUGACCUGUCUCGGGUCCUCGUUUGUCGUGCUCAACUCUUACCUACCAGUGCUUGUCGCGAACGACCCUUCACUGCAGGACGGCAAAGUGAACGAAGGCGCGGAACUGUCAAGUUACGACCGCGAAGACAACUCGGAUUGGAAUGCAUGGGGUGACAAUGAUAGCUUGGAUGAUCUAGAUCCCUUAAACCCGCCAGCGCAAGGCCUACCGGAAGAUGGGCCACACAAGGGAUCAUCGUCAACCUCACCAGAGCUACAAUUGUCCACCAAGAUUUCGUCGAAGGGAGUUGGUCUUGGUUACUGUGCAGCCGUAUUGGUACAAGUCAUCAGUAUCAUCAUGCUCAUCACACUGUCCAAGACCUCGCUUGCCAAGGUAUCGGCGACACUGCCAAUGCGCCUCGUAUUACUGCUAGUCGGCAUCUGGUGGGCCGCAUUCACCUUUGUGGCUCGUCAUUUGCUGCGCGCUCGCCCGGGGCCACCCCUAGAUAUCUCCACCUCUGGGGGCAAAUGGCGGGCAUGGGCGGGACUGGUCGGAUUUGCAUGGAAGUCCCUCUGGCAAACGGUGAAAGUAGCUGUCAGACUGCGGGAAGUCCUUCUGUUCCUGGUGGCGUGGUUUUUGAUUUCAGAUGCGCUGGCCACCGUCUCGGGCACGGCCAUCCUGUUUGCACGCACCGAGCUGCAUCUCAGCACGCCCUUGAUCGGACUCUUGUCCAUCACCGCAACUCUGUCAGGAAUGGCGGGCGCAUUUCUGUGGCCCCACGUGUCGCGAUAUUUUGGACUGCAGUCGCAUCACACGAUCAUCCUGUGCAUUGCACUGUUUGAAUUGAUUCCGUUGUAUGGGCUGCUUGCUUACAUCCCCUUUGUCCAGCGAUGGGGCGUGAUUGGGUUACAACAGCCGUGGGAAAUUUUCCCCCUGGCGAUUGUACAUGGAGUAGUUGGUGGUGGACUGGCCUCGUACUGUCGGUCCUUCUUUGGACUCCUCAUUCCCCCUGGGAACGAGGCUGCAUUCUACGCCCUGUACGCUGCGACCGACAAAGGGAGCUCCUUUAUUGGACCGGCGAUUGUGGGUGUAUUGGUGGAUGCGACCGGUCAAGUCCGCAGUGGCUUCUUUGUCAUUGCCAUUCUGAUCCUGAUGCCAAUUCCACUGGUGUGGAUGGUCAAUGCAGACAAAGGCCGACAGGAAGGUUUGACUAUGGCUGAGACCCUGGAGUCACAGAAGUCACCUGGACAAGAAGAGGCCGAAGGACUACUGAGGAAUGAAACCGACUAA